CUGCAGCCAAGCGGACACAUAUCUUCUGUUCGCCGUCAUCAACUCAUCACACAGCACACACCAGAAGUAAAACGAAGAAAAGAGUCGUCGUGCUCGUGCGUACGUGCAGCUUAGCCACACCUUUGCAUCCGGGAGGAGUGACAAGGGGGAGCAUACAUACAUGGCGGCGGCCAUGGAGCGGAGCAACGGCGGCGGCGGCGGCGUGAAGGUCAAGUUCAUCGAGACGCAGUUCGUCAGCUCCGACGCCGCCAACUUCAAGUCCGUCGUGCAGCGGCUCACCGGCAAGUACUCGAAGAUGCCGCCGCCGCCGGCGGCCUCGGUGCACAGGCCACGCCCGAGGCCGUGCGGCAGAGCCGGCCAACAAGGGCGGCCGUGCGUCUCCGGCAGCGACCAGCUGACGACGGCUGCGCCGGCGAGGCCAACGGGGGCGGCCAUCGAGCCGCUGCACGUGGGAGAACUGAACGAGCUCUGCGACUUCGCCGACCUGCUCUACGCCGCCCCGAGCGCGCGGCGCCACGGCGGCAGCGUCGUCAACGGCUUUCCUUACUGAUACAUGGCCCGUGAAGAAUCGUGUUGCCCUUCUCCCCUUCGAGGAGGCUUUGUGGAGGAGCACGUAUUGGUUUGAGGAUUGCAGUUGCAGUACUGGCCCAACAUAUCGUCUUGUUCAAUUGCGCACUGAGAGCGCCAGAUGUGAUCUUCCUCGAACACAAGUGGAAGUGAGAGGAAAAUACGAAAAUGUAUGAAUAUAUUGUGUUUGGUGAAAUGGGAGAAGAAAGAGAUGGAUAUGUAUGCUGACAAACUAAGCUAGGCGUAUCGUUUUCCUGUCGGGUUACAUGGGCAAUUGCAAUUUGUAAAUGUACAAUUGGGUCAUAUCUGUAGUAGAAUUGGAAUCGCUCA